ACACAAUCACUUCUGCUUCAUCACCAACCAGACAUGCGUCCUCCUGUGCUGUUUCUCUUGUUUUGUCUUGGCCUUGCGGUCGCCCAGCACAAUCAACCGUAUCAUGUGACUACACCAGUACCUAUCUUAAAACAAAUAAAUAAACACAACGAGGAUGGUAGUUACAGUUACGGUUUCGAGGCGGCGGACGGCUCGUACAAAAUUGAGUCCAAGUAUCCGAAUGGCGAGAUUUACGGCAAAUACGGCUUCGUCGAUGACACCGGGAACGUGCGUGAGGUCGAAUAUGGCGCGUCCAAACGUGGUUUCGAGCCAGUCGGUGCUGGGAUAAACGUGCCCCCGCCAACCUUGACCGGUAACAGCAUCGCCAGAAACGCGAAUGAGCCCGAUGACGAUGGACAGUACCGCGAGGAUCCGUCGAUCUAUCACACCGAUCCACGUUUCACCAAUGGAGAACGUUAUGAAGUGCCACUCAAGUACAGACAACAACCGAUCGCCUACAAUCCGCCGCAACGGAUUGCGCCGGCUGCUUAUAAUCAAAAAUACAAAACCCCCGUCAAUUACCGACCAGCAGCAGUGAAGUCGCGGUUCCAACCGGAAUAUCGACCGCAAUAUCGAUCGCAGUACGAAUCGCAGUAUCAAGGUCAGCAACUGCAAUCCGUAUACCCUUCGCCUACGAUUCCAGCCGGUCUUGAAGGACAUAGCGCGACCAACAUCGAUAUCAAUGCCGGAUUGGCAUCUUACACGGUUAAUUACAAAUGAUAAAGAAAGAGGACGAAAAGAGAAAGGGAGUCCAGCAAUCUAAUGUAUAGGAUUGCAUGUGUAUAUACAUUAUUUAUAGAUAUUCUGAGAUCAUUACUGAGCAUUUAUUUCAUUAUUGCAUGUCAAACUGUUAAUGUCGCCGUUGAAAUAUUUUUGACAUACUGAUUUAGUGAUAAUUUAGUGGUAAGGUUGCAUCACAGUAUAAGCACUUCUGAUCAGUCUACAUAUAUUUUAGAUCGUAUCUGCCUUCUGUCUCGAAUUUCGAAUGAGACAGUAUUUUCUACCUCUUGUUCUCCGACGUUUCCUCUUUCGCUUCAGGAGAGUCUCCACCUUCUUCACUAGAAAAUUAUAUUUUUUCCAUGAUUUACUUAUUCUUAAGCUUAAUUUUAACU